AUGAUUAAAUGCAAAGAAAAAGCGGUCAAGGCACAAAAAUAUAUGGAAGCAAAUAGCUUGCUAAAACAAAUAGAAGAAACGAAAUCUUUUGAACAAAUGAAGCAUUUGGAUGUAAGACAGGUAAAAAUAGAGCAGCAAAUGAUUAUUUUUGAAAGUAAAUUACACAAAGAAAUAGAAAAUAUUAAAAAAAGACAGAAAACGGGGCUGGAUGAGCUAAGUAAACAGAGGAAUGUAGAGUUUGACUUGGCUAAUAAAAAAUAUGAAAAUAUUAGGCGGGAGUUGGAAAAUGUGCAGAAAAUCGAGACGAAUAAGAAAAAAGGGAAACAUACGACAGCUGCUGGGAGGUGGGAAGGAAGUUUAAUUAAACCUCAUACGAGGUCUAAUUUAACAACUCCUCUAAGGUCAUCUUUAAGCCCAGGUAAACGAUAUAAUUAA